CUCGUUUCGUUCUUCUCCCUGCCCUCCGCUCUGAUAUCUCGAAGCCACCUUCCAUUACCAUGCUAGCUGCUGCUACUCGGACGUCAGCGUCCGUCGCUUCAACGUCGGCCUCGGCGUCCAAGUCGCUCGCGCCCCUUAUCUCCCGUCCGCGAAGGUACCUAGCUACAGCAGCUUCAGGCCCUUGCUCUUCGUACCUUUCCGUCACCCAUCCCGACUCGAGCGCCUCACCGGACUCUGAAGUCGGCAAGACCCUUGCCCGCUUCGACGCCUCCACUCUAGCCACGUACGCUCGGCCCACGGUCCUUCUCACCAGAGGCAAAGGCCUCGAUCUAUGGGGCAAAGUGGACCCUGCCAAGAACGAGGGACAGGGAGAGUGGAAAUAUCUCGACUUUUCCUCUGGCAUUGCAGUGAACAGCUUGGGGCAUGCUGAUUCCCAGAUUGCACAGAUUGCGCGUGAGCAGGCGGAUAGGCUCGUGCAUUCAUCGAAUCUCUACCACAACGAAUGGAGUGGAGAGCUGGCAGACAGAAUGGUCAAGCUGACGCAAGAGCAUGGAGGACUGGGAAUGGCGAAGGGCGCUGGCGCAAAGGACGAGUUGAAGGUCUUCCUGGCCAACUCAGGGACAGAGGCCAACGAGGCUGCGCUGAAAUUCGCCCGCAAGCAUGCCAUGAUCUCGGCGAACAAGGCGCCAGGUGAGAAGGCGGGCCUCGUAUCAUUCACCAAUGCCUUCCACGGACGGACCAUGGGAGCUCUUGCAAUGACGCCCAAUCCCAAGUACCAGGCUCCCUUUGCACCCCUCAUCGGAGAUGUGCAUUCGGGACAAUACAAUUCCUUCGAUGGUCUGAAUGACCUCGUCAACGAAAAGACUGCUGGAGUCAUCGUAGAGCCCGUACAGGGAGAAGGCGGAAUCUUCCCUGCCUCCCUAGAGUGGCUGCAGGCGCUCCGUAAGCGCUGCAACGAAGUCGGAGCGCUGCUCAUCUAUGACGAGAUCCAAUGUGGCCUCUUCCGGUCGGGUACCCUUUGGUGUCACUCCGAGUUCCCAGUCGACGCUCAUCCCGACUUGAUCACAAUGGCCAAGCCGCUGGCCAAUGGGUUCCCCAUUGGUGCAGUUCUGAUGAACAAGAAGGUAGCCGACGCCAUCACAGUCGGCGACCACGGCACCACUUUCGGAGGUGGGCCCCUGGCAUCCCGCAUUGCCCAUCACGUCCUCGGCAGGCUGUCGGACCCGCAGCUCAAGGAGAGCAUGACUGCCUCAUCUGCACACCUCUUUACGCGGCUAGAGACGCUCCGGGAUCACUUCCCAGACCUGGUGGUGCACACCCCCGAGAAGCCUUCGCCUCGAGGAAAGGGCUUGCUGGUGGGACUGAGCAUGAGAGAGCCGAGUCAUGCAGGAAAGGUUGUCAAGCUCGCUAGGGAAAGGGGACUGAUUGUCCUGUCUGCCGGAAGCGAUGCGGUGAGAAUUGUGCCGAGCUUGAUCGUCACCAAGGAGCAAGUGGACCAGGCAGUGGACAUCCUUGAGAGCUGUAUGCUCGUACUUCAAAGGGAAGCAUAAGCAAGGGACGCGACAUAGAUGCAAGGCUUCACGCAGUUUGAAAGUACAUCAGCUGUCUAGUAGAAUAUAUAUAUAUACCGCCUCUGAACUGCAAUGUACAGAUUGUGCCGUCAGCCUCGUCACGACUGCGCCUC